CUAACUUUUGGGGUUCAUUCAGAAACAACGGUGUUACUUUACCUUUCUUCUCGUGAUCCGCAACUUCAGUUUUUGCUGGCGUAAACAUCCGCGCGAAAAAUUUUGAAUUAGUUUGUUGUUUAUCAGUUUCAUGCCGGUUAUAAUUUUAAUUUAAUUUAUAUUUUAAUAAACAGGUAUAGAUUUGUUUGGCUUAAAUGGUGACAGAAGUAAAACAUUUUCAUAUGCAGCAACAUGUGUUUAUGGUGUCUGAUAACCUGCUUACGUAUGAAGACUUCAAUUAUUAUGUUAAAAAAAAUAUUUGUAUUUCUGGUUCCAUUAUUUUAAGAUGCGGCGUUCUACGGCACCAUCACUUCGUCAGACCGGAAAAUUAAUAUCUUCGUCUGAUCGUGUUAAUUUGGGACAAAUAAAUUCUAGGACAGCCAACAAUGAUCUGUGCUGUUAAUGUUUUAGCUGCACCAUUUCCCAAUGCCAUUCGAAGUACAGAGAGUGUUCUUGAUCUCCUGAGCGGUAGCAGGAUAGCAGAUGCUGAAGAUGUGUCACUUGAUGAUGCUUGUUCAGAUCAUGUGAUUCCAAAAACUUCAAGCAGCACAGUACAUGUAAUGUCACAAGAAGAUAGAGCAAGUUCUGUGCGGUUUCUUACAGAUGAAAAUUUUAAUAGUAACCAGAUCACUUCUCAGUGUUACAAAGGCAAGAGGCUGUUUAAUGUAGUAUGGGGCAAGCAGUCAAAAAAGAAGCACAAAACUUGGGAAGGAGAUGGUAUCCUUGAAGUUGGAGAAAAAUCUGUUAUUCUGAAGGACACAGAUGGGAAGAUAAUUGGUCAGUGUUCUGGAACAAAAACAGCGACACUUGAAGAAGGCAGCAGGUUGUUUGUUGGCAGCAAGGAAGUUGAGAUUAUCAACAUUGCAAGUUCAAGUGAUGUUUGUGAUCCACACAACAAUAAAAGUGGAAUCAAAAGAAUGCCAGAUUCCACAAGUGAUGUUUCACUUCCUGUGUUAAAGAAAAGGAGAAAGACUUUACUGAAGCCAGCACUGUUCCCUGUUCAGAGGGACAAAGAACUAGAGAAGCCCUUAGUUAUGCCUUCACCAACACAUGAACAUCAGUGGAAAUACAAUCUUGCUCAUCUCCCAGUGGUUGAUGUGGUUGUGGACAUGUGUCUUGCUCGUGUCCUGCGUCCGCACCAGAGACUGGGCAUUGUGUUCAUGUAUGAGUGUGUAAUGGGCAUGCGGAAAUCACAGUACCAUGGUGCCAUCUUAGCUGAUGAAAUGGGUCUUGGGAAGACGCUGCAAUGCAUUGCUAUAGUGUGGAUGUUACUGAAGCAAGGUCCAUAUGGUGGCUGGCCAAUAUUGCAACAUGUUCUCAUAGUCACACCAAGCAGUCUUGUAGCCAACUGGCAGAAUGAAUUUCUUCGUUGGCUUGGGAGAGAAAGAAUACAGACUUUUGUAGUUGAUCAGAAAAACAGACCCAAAGAUUACAUAAAUCUGCCUCAUGUACCUGUGAUGCUGAUUUCAUAUGAAAUGUUUCUUCGUUAUUAUGAUGACAUCUCUCAGAUUCAGUUUGAUCUUCUCAUUUGUGAUGAAGGUCACAGACUGAAGAACACCACAAUCAGAACCUAUGCAUUACUGUAUCAGAUUGACUGCAAACGCAGAAUCCUUCUAACAGGUACGCCUAUACAGAAUGAUCUACAUGAAUUCUAUGCCCUUGUCAACUUCAUCAAUCCUGGUGUGCUUGGUUCAAGUACAGAAUUUCGGAAAUAUUUUGAAGACCCUAUAUUGGCAUCAAGACAGCCAUCUGCUGAUGAAGAUAUAAUACAUCUGGGCGAACACAGAGCAAUGGAGCUGAACCACUGCACCAGUUGGUUUAUCCUGCGGCGCACUCAGGAAGUUAUUAAUAAAUACCUGCCUACCAGACAGGAAAUGGUAGUCUUCUGUCAUAGCACACCUCUCCAGCAAGCAAUGUACAAGACAGCUGUUGACUACUGGGAGAGCCGAGGGUGUCAGUCAGGGCCAGAAGAAGUGGGUCAUCUUGGUGUGAUAACUGCACUAAAGAAAAUCUGCAACCAUCCUUCACUGGUUAGACCUCGUCAAUCAGAGCAGCUACUAGGAGAGGACAUUAUUCAGUAUCUGGUGCAGAAUUAUCCAGAAAAAGAUGAUGCAGUCUUGUCACAAAAAUCAGGAAAGCUAGAUGUGGUGACGUGUUUACUUCAAGAGUUGAAUCGCAUGAAAGAAAAAGUGGUACUUGUCUCCUAUUUUACACAGACUCUAGAUCUUCUAGCAGCCAUGUGCGAGCAAAAGCAGUACAAGUUCUCUCGGCUGGAUGGUUCAACACCAAGCAUGCAGCGUAUGCAGAUUGUCAAAAGGUUUAACAGCUUGCAUUCAGAUCAUUUUGUGUUCUUGCUAAGUGCAAAGGCUGGUGGAGUUGGACUGAAUCUGACAGGUGCUUCUCGUUUGAUACUGUAUGAUUCAGACUGGAAUCCUGCCACAGACUUGCAGGCUAUGUCUCGCAUAUGGAGGGAUGGACAAAUGAGAUCAGUAUAUAUUUACAGACUUUUGACAGCAGGUUCCAUUGAGGAGAAGAUUUUCCAACGACAGAUCAGCAAAACAGGCCUAAGUGGAGCAGUAGUAGACCCACAAAACCAAAGUACAAUCCGACUGUCAAAUGAAGAACUCAAGGAUUUGUUCACAUUUCAUCAUGAUAGUGCAUGCAUGACACAUGAAAUGUUGGGCUGCCAGUGUGCUGGAGUUGGACUUGUUCCACCUCAUGAAGUGGAGAGGAACCAUAAUGUUACUGAAGAUAACAGGGAUGAGCUGUCAAACCAGCGUGAUUGCCAACUGCAGAUUGCUCAGCCAUUGGCUACCAACACUUGUGUCCGCAUGAACCAGUUGUUUCGCUGGCAACAUUACUCGCAGCCUAUUAGUGCUACAGUACUGCAAGAAUUGGGUCUGAGUGCUGCAUCACACAAUGUCACAUUCAUAUUUCGAAAUGUGACGAUCUAAUCACAGGCAGUAAGGCUGACAUUAUUAUGACAUCAUACUGCAGUAAAGAUGUUCACAACAACUGCAUAAGAAGCAAGUUCCAUAGAAACUAUGACUUUAAAUGGUGAUAAAGCUGUGUGCUGUACACAUGUACUAUUUUAAAUGCCUUAAGUGCUUUAUCAGUUAAUUUUAUUUGUUGCUAUUUACUUAUAUAUUAUUAACACAUUACAAAAUAAAACAAGUUAGAAAUUAAUGCAUAGCAUAACAGUUACAGCAUGUUUCCUUUCUUAUUGCCUCAUAUAUUCCAUUCAUGAUCUACAAACUGAAUAGUCAUUCUUGAUGCUUCCAACAGGAGGAUUAUGAGGUGGUCCUUGAAAAUUAUUACAAAAUGUUUCAGUGUCCUUGAAGUUCAAUGUUUCCAUUUCAAAUUAGCUACCUUUUGUGUGGAUGGGGCAUUACCACUAUCUCCAUGAACAGUUCUCCUCUUUACCUGUCUCAUUUGUCUUUCUUCAUUGCUAUUUUCACUCUUACUCUUCGAUAAUGCUACAGACAUGUCAGAAAUCUUGGAGACUACAGUGUCUCAUAUUUGCUUUGUUCGCAUCCACUGUCUGAGAUGUAGAAGCUGUGGCCUUGAUCUUAAUGCUGAACUGUAGCUAGUAUAGACAGGCUUUGAUCUUAGGGUCAGUGUCAUUGUUAUAGUUUAUGAAUUCCUGGAUUGAGAUAAUGUACAAUGCACAAGCUAGGAGAGAGUUCUAGGAAGUUUAUCACUACAUCCAAACUUAAGUCCUCUACCAGUAGGUAGCAUACAAAUAAGCAUUCAGAUUGAGGACAUUUCUGAGUGUUUAUCUAAGUUUAAGGGUGUAAAGUCUCAUGCACUGUAAAGUAAGAGGUUUAAUUGGUAUAAAACAUAAGAAUAACAUUAAUGUAUCAAGAAUUUAUUAAAAACGAACUUUCUUUUUAUUGA